CCCUACUGAUUUUCUUAUCAGAUUCUGGUUCUCCUUCUCUAACCUCCCUCUCUUCUGCAUCGUCAGAUCAAUCAGACUUCAAGUUCUUUCAAAAAAUUAAAUUUAUAUAUCAAUCUCACCAAUUACUCCUCUCUCCCUCUCCAACUCCAAAACGCGCGCAAAAUAAAAUAUAAAACGCUCGUCUCUCCUGGGAUUUGUUGAGAUGGCGGAUGCACCAACGAGUCCGGCGGGAGGGAGCCACGAGAGUGGUGGAGAGCAGAGCCCGCAUUCAGGAAUAAGAGAGCAAGACAGGUAUUUGCCAAUAGCUAAUAUAAGCAGGAUCAUGAAGAAGGCCUUGCCGCCUAACGGAAAGAUCGCCAAGGACGCUAAAGACACCGUCCAGGAGUGCGUUUCAGAGUUCAUCAGCUUCAUCACCAGCGAGGCAAGUGAUAAGUGUCAAAAGGAGAAGAGGAAGACAAUUAAUGGAGAUGAUUUGCUAUGGGCAAUGGCAACAUUGGGUUUUGAGGAUUACAUUGAGCCACUUAAGGCAUACCUAAUGAGAUAUAGGGAGUUGGAGCUUGAACUUUGGCAGGGUGACACCAAGGGAUCUGUGAGGGGUGGGGAUGGAUAUGCCAAAAGAGAUACAGUUGGAACUCUUGCUGGCCAGAAUGUGCAGUUUGCUCUUCAGGGAUCAUUGAACUAUGCAAAUCCACAAGUUAAUCCCCAAGCACAGGGGCAGCAUAUGAUUAUUCCUUCCAUGCCCGGGAAUGAAUAAAAGUGUUCUAGCUUCAAUUUUUACAAAUUUUAGGUUGAUCAAAUUAUUUAGGAUCAGCAGAACAGCUCUAGUGUUCACAUAUCAAUGAUGUAAAUGUCUCUUUGUCAAGUUUAUGAUUGCAUAAAGCAUUUAUCUGCAUACUUCCAUUGGUAAUGUAUUUUUGUUUGGAAAUUUUAGGAAAAUAUUGCUGUGGCCUAUGAUUAUGGUAAAUGUGUUGUUACAUACUAGCAAAGUAGUUUUCUAUCAAAUUAUUCUCUAA